UAUUUAUCUAGUCCUUAAUCUUCACACUGACACGUUUGUCUUCUCUCUCUCUUCCCUCCUAUAAAACCCCCACACUCUUCUCAGUACCUGCCAAACACUCCUCAAUUCCAUCCCACCCAAAAUACAAGCUCAGACCUCCACUCCAGGGCCCCACCUGAAAAUUUUCAUUUCCCCCCACCAAAAAAAAUCACAGAUCAAAAACUCCACCCUGAAAAUGGACAGAGGUGUAGCCGUCGGUGACCCAUGGCGACCCGACCCGUCUGUUCAAUCGGACUUAUUCAAGCCUCCGGAAACUCCAAAGGAACCCAUGGAAUUUCUGUCACGCUCUUGGAGUGUGUCGGCUCUUGAAAUUACUAAGGCUUUGACACCUUCCAAUUCUAGACUCAUGUUCUCUAAUGCUAUGAUGGGCACGCUUAGCAAUGGCAGCGGGACUAGUAAUGGUGUCCAUGGAGUAGUUAUCCAGGAAGAUAUUGCGGCCGAGGAGGCGGCGGCUGCUAGUGGAAAUCCUUUCUCUUUUGCUUCUUCUCAAACAUCCCAGCUUGUCAUGGAGCGUAUUAUGUCACACUCGCAAGAGGUAUCUCCGCGCACUUCUGGUCGGCUCUCGCACAGUAGUGGUCCACUUAAUGGCUCCUUGACUGAUAGUCCUCCGGUUUCUCCCUCUGAAAUCGACGAUAUCAAGUACGGUCGCCUUAACAAUCAGUCAAAUUCGCAGUACAGGUCUACCAACCCCAUCGGUGUUACCCCUGCUGCCGGUGGGAAGACUGUUGGAAGGUGGCUUAAGGACAGGAGAGAAAAGAAGAAGGAAGAAACAAGAGCGCAUAACGCCCAACUUCAUGCAGCUGUAUCAGUGGCUGGUGUUGCAGCUGCAGUGGCUGCAAUCGCUGCUGCAACUGCUGCCUCAUCUGGAUCUGGCAAAGACCAAGAAGCUGCCAGGACUGAUAUGGCUGUUGCCUCUGCUGCUACCCUUGUUGCUGCUCAAUGUGUAGAGGCUGCUGAAGCUAUGGGCGCUGAAAGGGAUCAUUUGGCUUCGGUUGUCAGCUCUGCAGUUAAUGUCCGAUCAGCCGGUGACAUCAUGACCUUGACUGCUGCUGCUGCCACUGCGUUACGUGGAGCUGCGACAUUCAAAGUAAGAGCUUUGAAGGAUGUGUGGAACAUUGCAGCUGUCAUACCAACGGAUAAAGGGGUGAGUAUGAGCAACGGCAGCAAUGGUUCCAGCGGCAGCCACAGUGGUGAAAUCAUGCCAGAUGAUAAUUUCCUUGGCAUCUGCAGCAAAGAGUUACUUGCUAGAGGGUGUGAGCUUUUGAAACGCACUAGAUCAGGUGAUCUACACUGGAAAAUUGUAUCUGUUUAUAUCAAUCGAACGAACCAGGUUAUGCUAAAGAUGAAGAGCAGGCAUGUUGCUGGGACCAUUACCAAGAAGAAAAAGAAUGUGGUAAUUGAAGUUAUCAAAGAUAUGCCGGCUUGGCCAGGCCGUCAUUUGCUUGAGGGUGGCAACUGUAGGAGAUAUUUCGGACUUAAGACCAUCAUGCGCGGAGUCGUGGAAUUCGAGUGUCGUAACCAAAGAGAAUAUGAAGUUUGGACCGAAGGUGUCUCAAGGCUUCUCUCUCAAGCUGCUGAAAAGAACAAUAGACAUAGAUACUAGGACUAAAGUAUAUAUCAUUAUGAUGAUUGUGUUUAUGGUUAAUUCCUUCAUAGUUGUGCCGUUAAUGUGAUGUUUUUUGCAAGUUGAAGAAUUUGGGAAGAUGGGUAUAGUGGUAAAACAGAAUUAAGGACAUUGGUACUAACCAUAUGUUUUAAAAAUUGGUGAGGGUUGGUUUUUUUGGCUUUCUUUUGAAUGUAUUUCUAUUCAAUGUAAAAAGUAGCACUAAAAGAAGCAAAAGUUGUGUAAUGGGCUCUUUUUUACCCUUCUUUGCAGAGUGAAAAUUCUUUGAAAGGGUGAGUUGUAUUUCGCAAUAUGAUUAAAUUUAUACUGUGAUUAA